UAUCAGUAAUUUUUUUAAAGUAGUGCCUGUUAGGUGUGAUCAGAUAAUCGAAUCGGUACCCCCUCCCCUGGGAAUUGACCUUUAGCCCACUUCGCAAUGGACAUUCCACUUGCUUAGACCACAUUCCACCUGCUAAGACCAUUAUCUCUCCCCUCCGGAGUUUCCCAGAAUCCCGACCUGCACAGAGAAUUCUCCUCCCAGAAAAAGCCCGCCUAGAGUCCUUUAAAAAACUCUGACUCCCAGUCUUUGGGUGCUGGCACCAUUUGGGGCUCAGCCCAUCUGGGUUUCCAGAUGACCUUUACCCCUUUUGGUCUCGUGCAUUCCUCCUUCGGCGACCCUAACAGCGCCUGCAUACAGAAGAGAAAACUUCAUAGACGUGGCCUUAGUGUGCACUCAGCCCAGAGCUUCAGAUGAAGGAUCCUUGGAGCAUUUGAAAUCUUACCUUUAUUGCUUCUGAGGAAACAGGGCCCUGGGUCCACUUUAACACCCAGAUCUGAAGUUGACCAUUUUAUACAAAACCUGCUUUGCUUUGAACCUGCCAAAAUUUGCUUUCAUUGAAAUUUAAGCUAAACUCCACCAGAAUCCUACAAAAACUCUGUCCCUUUGCUUGGGACACGGCUCCUCUGGCAUGUGUUCGCCCUCAUUGAGGGGUCAAAUCCUAGCUUUGUUGCAUGGCUAGUUUGUUCCUGGGAGUCUUAGGCUGCUGGGCCUAAGUCCUGGACGAACCUCCCAGGGCACAGAGCAGGACAGAGAGAGGAUCCAGACAGAGAGUCAUGCAGGAAAUAUUCAGCAUAGAAAUAAAGUCCACCCUUCCCUCCCCACUACCCAGCACAUCUGAUUCCCCAUUAUCUACAGGCAGGAGUGUUGUGAGGAAGUGUGUGGGGGUGAGGGCACAAGGGGAGGCAGAGACCUUCGUUCACCCAGUGUUCAUACACAUCUGGGGCUGAAUAAAGGGCUGCAGAAAAUGAAUCAGUCAGUCUCUGAGUGGCUCUUGAGGCCAUGGAAAGAUCUAGGUCCUUUUACUAAGGCACAAUGAAAGCACUGGGUCUCCUGACAUUUGAAGGGCUGCCCCUUCCCCCCAAAUGAAAUGAGUCAAAAAAGUGAAGGGAACAGGGGGAAGGGCAGAAUUCUUAAAAAAAAACAACCACCCUUCCUUUGAACACCAUCAUUGUGCGAGCAUGUGAGGGAGGCCAGCGGGGGUGGGGUCAGCUGGGAGGCAGGCCUAUAGGACUUGUCUUCCCUUGUUUAUCCCCCAGCCACAACUGGGCAGCAGCCAGGGUCCGCCCCCAUUGUGUCAUCAUUGGAGGAGCUCAAACUUAAAGGCUCCAGUUUAAAUUCAAGGCGUUUCGUUUUCUCUUACUGGUGGGCCUGCUGUGACUGUUCUGGAGCCAGCUCCAAGACGAGAGUGAGCCUCUCACCAUGCCAGCCUGCUGCGAUGAUAUGCUCCUGUAUGAGACCAACAAAGUCAUCCAGAUCCAGAACACGAGCUAUGGCACCAUUAAGUGGUUCUUCCACAUGAUUGUCUUUUCCUAUGUUAGCUUUGCUCUGGUGUGUGACAAGCGGUAUCAGCGGAAAGAGACUCUGAUCAGUUCUGUGCACACCAAGGUGAAAGGCAUAGCGGAGGUGAGAGAGGAGAUUCUGGAGAAUGGAAAGGAGGUGCACAGAGUCUUCGACACGGCAGAUUACACCUUCCCCGUGCAGGGGAACUCCUUCUUUGUGAUGACAAACUUUCUCAAGACAAAGGGCCAGGUGCAGGGGCUUUGUCCAGAGCACCCUACCCGCAGGACACUCUGUUCCUCUGACCAGGGCUGUAUAAAGGGAUGGCUGGACCCGCAGAGCAAAGGAAUCCAGACCGGAAAGUGUAUACCGUAUAAACUGCAGCCUCCGAAGACGACCUGUGAAGUCUCUGCCUGGUGUCCCACCGAGGCACCGGAAGAGCCCCCCCAGCCUGCGCUCUUGAACAGUGCUGAAAACUUCACUGUGCUCAUCAAGAAUAAUAUCGACUUCCCCGGCCACAAUUACACCACGAGAAACAUCUUGCCAGAUUUAAACAUCACUUGCACCUAUCACAAGACUGAGAAUCCACAGUGUCCUAUUUUCCGACUAGGAGAUAUCUUCCAAGAAACAGGAGAUAACUUUUCAGAAGUGGCAAUUAAGGGGGGAAUCAUGGGCAUUGAGAUCUACUGGGACUGCAACCUGGAUAGUUGGUUCCAUCACUGCCGUCCAAAAUACAGUUUCCGACGCCUUGACGACAAGAAUACCAGUGAGUCCUUGUACCCUGGCUACAACUUCAGAUAUGCCAAGUACUAUAUGGAAAACAAUGUUGAAAAACGGACUCUGAUAAAAGUCUUUGGGGUCCGUUUUGACAUCCUGGUUUUUGGCAGCGGAGGAAAAUUUGACAUCAUCGCACUGAUCGUGUACAUCGGCUCCACCCUCUCCUACUUUGGUUUGGCCACUGUAUUCAUUGACUUCCUCAUCAACACUUACUCGAAUACAUCCUGUCAAUCCUAUGUUUAUCCCUAUUGCAAGUGCUGUGAGUGCUGCGCGGUCAAUGAGUAUUACUACAAGAAGAAGUGCGAGUCCAUUGUGGAGCCAAAGUCGACUUUAAAAUAUGUGUCCUUUGUGGAUGAAUUCCACAUUAGGAUGGUGGGAGAGCAGCUACUUGGGAGAAGUCUGCAAGAUGUCAAAGGCAAAGAAAUCCCAAGACCCUUAAUGGACUUCACAGACUUGUCCAGGCUGCCCCUGUCUCUCCAAGACCCACCCCCCAUUCCUGGGCAACCAGAGGAAAUCCAGCUACUUAGUGAGGAGGAAGCACCCAGAUCCAGCAGCAGCCCGAGCUGGUGCCAGUGCGGGAACUGCCUCCCAUCCCAACUCCCCAGGAGUCACCAAUGCCUGGAGGAGCUGUGCUGUCGGAAAAAGCCAGGUGCCUGCAUCACAACCUCAGAGCCAUUCAAGCAGCUCAUCCUGUCCAGACGUGCCCUGCAGUUCCUCCUGCUCUACCAGGAGCCCUUGCUGAAGCUGGAUGCGGAUGCCACCAACAACCAGCUGCGGCACUGCGCCUACAGAUGCUAUGCCACCUGGCGCUUCGGCUCCAAGGACCUGGCUGACUUUGCGAUCCUGCCCAGCUGUUGCCGCUGGAGAAUCCGGAAAGAGUUUCCCAAGAGUGAAGGCCAGUACAGUGGCUUCAAGAGUCCUUACUGAUGGAACAGAGCAGUCAUAGGCAAAUUACUUCUGCUUGCACCCCGAGCUUCAGCAGCUAAGAUCUGUGGCCAGAUUUCCUCCGCUGCCACUCUGCAUGUGUCAGAGAGCAGAGAGAUCCGGGUAAACAAACAAACCAGCCAGAAUCCUUCAACAUGGAUUGAGAGUUGAGAUUCAGACAUCUGUCUCAAUUUUGCCCCUGGGAAGCUGUGUGAUCUAAGGCCUUUAACCUCUGUGCCUCAAUUGCCUUAAGAUUGAACCUACUCUCUUACAGAGAUAUUGGGAGGAAAAAUUGAGACAGUGUAUCCAAGCUUUCUUGUUAAUGCAUAGAGAGCUAUAUGAAUACAAAGCAACUCAUUAUGAGGUCACACUAGGAUAAUGUCCAACUAUGAACAAACUCUUUAGGUCUUGAGUCCUGGUUGGAGAAUGUGAAGGAUUCAAAGUGGCUACAAAUUCCUUGGCCUUUGUCUCUCAGGACCUGAAGGUUAUGUCUCCUCCCCUUUCGCAGCUCUGAUUGCUUAUCCAAUAGUGGAAGUGAUGCUGGGUCCGUUUCAAGGUCUUGGUCUUAAGAGGCUGGCAACUUCCACUCCCUGUCCCUUGACACUUGCUGUGCAGGAAGCCAGACCUCAGGUAAAAGUCUGACUAUCCUGAGACAGCCCUGCUGUGAGGAAGCCCAAGCAACCAUGUGGAGAGCAGAAAUGACCGACCAGUCCCAGCUUUCAAAUCAUACAAGCCCAGUCACUAGGCAUGGGAGAGAUGACUUUAGGCCCUUCCAGAGCCUGCUAACAUGUCUGCAACUGCAUGAGACAACCCAAGUGAGAGCUGACUCAUGAAUGCACAGAACAAAAUUGUUUUAAGCAAGUUUUGGGUUCUUUGUUCUAUAGCAACAGGUAACUGGGACAAGAGAGCAAGCUGGAUUCUUGGGGACAUAGACUCAGCCCAUACCUUCCCUGGUCCUAAAGGCCUCAGGGAGCCUGGACCACCUCUGGAGCUCCUUAGGGGCCUAGGUUCCCAUUCAGCAGUUCUAGGAGGGCUGCAGAUGGAAUCAGGUAACUCACCAGCCCAGCCCUGGAAUCCAUCCAAUUUAACUGCCACGCUGCCCAAUACAUUUCAAUUGCAUUACAUUUCUACGACUGGAAAUAACCACUGCUGUUAAGAACUGGAAAAGGCCGCCUUUAAGCUUUUAAUGUCUUGCGCUUUGCAGCCAAUUAAAGUAGAUGCAGUCUGGAUGCUACUCAAAAAGCAACCUAUACCCAAACCUUUAUCAUAUCCAUACAUCAGCCUCUAAAAAUAUGCAAAUGGACAGUCCCAGGUUCUAGGAUCCUCUUGCAGGAUUUUCCUUUUCAUGGUUUUGGCGCUAGAAUCGACUAUUUCUAAACAACUAUUGUGAAGAAUAAAUAGAGACCACUAUUCAACACUGUGACUAAUGAAGGACAUGUCAGGUUUUUUAUACAUACUCUAAGAUUUACCAUUUUUGAUACUUUUUAAAAUACAGCAGCUUUCUUUUGUGAUCCAGGAUUUUAUCUGGCUUUCAACUCAGGAAUCAAGCUCAUUAGGCCAGAUUGCACUGUCAUUUUUGCAACCUUUCCAGUUUAUUUUUAAAAAGUAGAUUAUAUAUAUGACUUCUUCAGAACGGAGAUUCUUACUCCAGAAUUCUAUUAACAGCUACAGAUUUCCAUUCUGAUGGCCUCUGAGUCUUUAUGCCUUUAUUUUUUGGUGCCUGAUUUCUGAUGAGUUUCUGUCACCUUGUGGAGGCCCCAGAUAGAGGCAGAAUUUGAGGUGACAGAUAAUCACUAGAUCCACCUUUCCCCACAUAUGCUUUAAGUGAGAGGGUGUUGUGUGACGUCAACAGUGUGUAAAAUGUCUGACACUUCCUACAAAGACAUGCAUCAUGUUUGAAUUUUUAUUUUUAGUCUCCUACAUAAAAUAAUGUCAUCACCAAAGGCACACCAAGGAGAAUCACAUUUUGUAGGACCUGUCUUCCUGUACUUCAAUCCAUUCUUCUGUUAAUGAUAACUGUACAAUACUCACUGAUUCAUCUCUAUAUCAGAGAUGUGCUUCCUUGUAACACUGAUUUCAUGCAGAAUAGGUAAUGAACUUGCAUUCAUCUCCUUAGAGGAAACCAUUUUUUAAAACACUUCCUAGCCGAAACCGG